UUCACCUCGCCAGGUAGAACCUUUUAUCUGUUUUUUCCCCUUUCCCCACUUAGGCGUCCACUAUACGCGUGUUUGCUUUUAAACUUAUAAACCUUGCUCUCGCUGUUUGAAAAGCCCUCAUUCCAGCGAGGUGAUCCUCUUAAACUCAAGAACAGGUAAUAUAUCACCGCCAGCCUUUGGAAAGUAUUACGGAGUUGGAGCAAUGAUUUGAACAAAUCUACGGCGACUUCAUAAUGUGUUGGUGCUCUUGGCUAUGAUAACCAGCUUUGUGAGUUGGACCUGUCCAUUCGGUGAUAGGAGCGGUUGUUGUAACACUCUUGAAAUGUAAAUAUGUUGUACUUAAAAGUAUGGUUCGGUUCUGGACCCACAGUCAUCUACUGUUCUACGAGUCGUUGUAGAAAUCCAGCCCCCUGUUGAUUGACCCUGGCUACCAUAGGGACCUUUGUAGAUCUCCGAUAAGAACGGUUAAGCCACUGAAUAUAAAUCUCCUCUGUUGAUGGAAGAAUGAAUGAACAAAGGGGAACUUCUUUUUGUUAUGCAAAUCGCGCACUUGCGCCUUGGAAUCCGUCGACAACGUUAUUGACCCUACGGUGAGGGGAAUGAAACAGGUGCUUUUGAAGCAAGAGCUGCGUGAAAUGGGACCUAUUAAAGACAAUCUGUUUUUUUUUCAAAACAAGCAGAGAACACUGAUAAUGAACAAAAUGUUCGGGAAAAGCAUACCGCAAUUUUUAUUCUGCUGGCAAUAACACUAUCAAAAUCAUAAUUUGUUUAAACUCACCCUUGAAGACACCGUCUAUAUAACAUAAUUUUCAACGUGAAACAUCUACGGGCCAAAGUAGUUGCAGAGGUAGAUUUACAAUACAGUCACAAUCCCCACCAUCAUAAUCAGCGGCAGUCACAAAAACAACCCGAACAACAAUAACAACAACAAAAACAACAACAAAAACAACAACAAGAACGACAACAACAACAAAAACAACGACAACAACGACAACGACAACAACAACAACAAUAACAAACAACAAAAAUAACAAAAACAACAAUAGUGAUAGCAAACAACGACCAGUGCCUAUUACAACAGCGACAACACAAACGACCCAUCGUCUGUCCUCCACAACCGCCAUGGCUAAGUGGUACGGGGCCAAAGGUGUGAACAUAGACGACCAGGCACGGUUCGAGUCCAUGGGACGGGGUCUAUCCACGAACAGGCAAAUCUUUCAGCGCCAUCGAGAUCUCAAUCGCCAGUGCGAAAAACAAAUACAACACAUCUUGAGGGAAUCCCGGAUAGAGGCAUCGAGGCUCACCCGGGUUCAACACGAGUACAAGGAAAAGAUCAAGGAACUGGAAAAAGCUGAAAGGAAUUCCCUAGCGAUGAACUUUGGAGAACCGUCAGCCAUGUCGCAGAAUCUCCGGAGACCAACUGUCGGGAAUUUCCGGAGACACCCGUCCCCUCACCGGAAGCAGAAGAGAAUGUUGCUCUUCCGCAUUGAGAAGACUGACGGGAAGCUUACCUACAUUAGCGAGGUGAAAAAGCCAGAUCCGUUAGAGAGGACCCUUUUCCCUAACAUGCGGCGAGGGAGCUAACUGAACCCAAAAUUGAAACAUUACUUGGGGUCUGUUUCGCUGAAAAAAAAAAAAAAAUUCUCAGGCAAAUAGAUGACAUUUAGUGAUAGACGCUGUAUGUGUUCACAGUGGCUAUACCCAACAAUACGAGGCUUUGUUUAUUCACCUGGCUUUAGGCUUAAAGUUUAAAAAGACCGGACGUUGAACUCGUCAUUAUCAGAGACAUAAGUUCCUCAAUUCUUUUGGGUCGUGCUCUAAUAAAGCGUUUUGACGAUUUUCAUGAGGACAUCUUACACUAUGUGUUCCAGUAUUUCGUCAUCGUGUCUGUUCACAAGAUUUCAACGAAUUCUUCCGAUGUGCCUAAGGUCAAGGAGUAUUUUCUCUGAUAUUACGUCUUUCGUGGCGUUGUGAACUACCUGGUGUCCCUGAAGAAAGACAGAGCAGCUUGCCGAAACCCCACAGAGGGAACAUUUCUGUGGGGAACCGGAGACCCUUCAGAGGACGGCUGUGUGGUUGUCAUGGUGACUGACAUUCACAUCUGAAGAAGAAGAAGAAGAAGAAGAAGAAGAAGAAGAAGAAGAAGAAGAAGAAGAAAAAGAAGAAGAAGAAGAUGAAGAAGAAGAAAAAGAAGAGGAAGAAGAAGAAGAAGAAGAAGAAGAAGAAGCAGACAAUCAUGUUGGCUGUAGCAGAAAGUUUAGUGUCUGCCGUCUUAAUUGCUGAGUGCUCCAUUGUGACAUAUUACUUGUUGAAUGUAUCGGUGUCUGUGAUGCAGAUCUAAUGGUUGUAUUCUUCGUUGUACACCCAGAAUACGAGAGUACGAGACGGCAUUGACUAACUUCCAACGUUCUGCGCCCAAAGUAUUUCCCUCAGACGACGUUGUCCCUGAUAAGAAAGGUCGAAGCACUCACAUCCUCGGUGUCGCAUGCCUUCCACUUUAGUCCGUUUGGGUAUUUUUUGCACAGGAGACCCCCCCCCCCCCCUUCCUCAACAAUAACAAAAAUUAAAUUUAAAAAAGUAAUUCA